AUGGAUCCCAUGAAAAAAUUUAACGGAAUGAAAAACAUGGGAGGUAAGGAAGUGCGCAAACGAAGAAAGAACAAGAAGGAUCCACAUGCACCAAAGAGAUCGCUCUCCGCGUACAUGUUUUUCGCGAAGGAGAAAAGAGCUGAGAUCAUAAGUCGAGAUCCUGAUUUAAGCAAAGACGUCGCAACUGUUGGCAAAAUGAUUGGAGAGGCAUGGAAUAAAUUAGACGAGCGAGAAAAGGCUCCCUACGAAAAAAAAGCACAGGAGGAUAAAGUCAGAUACGAACGGGAAAAGGUGGAGUACGCCAAAACGAAAAUGAAGGCAUAG